AUGGAUUGGGCAUCGUUGUUUGAGUUCACAAUUUACGACGCACUUUUUAUUGUCGUCAUUUUGGGAUUCUUUUUCUACUGGUUGAUGAAAACCGAAGAGCCACUUCCACCACCGCCAAAACAAUUGGAACUUUUGCCAUUGACUGAUAUGACUGUUGAGGAGCUCAAGAAAUAUGAUGGAGUUAAGAAUCAACAUAUUCUUUUUGGGCUCAAUGGAACGGUUAGUCUUUUUUGAAUUUUUCAGUGAAAAAAGGAGGAAGUUUGUUUUAUUGAUCUCUAGUGUUGAAAAAAAAAAUAAAAUGAAUAAACGCACGUAUUUUACAGAUUUAUGACGUCAGCAAAGGGAUCAAUUUUUAUGGACCUGGAAAAGCUUAUGGGAAAUUGGCGGGACACGAUGCAACUCGCGCUUUAGGAACAAUGAAUCAGAAUACGGUUUCUGAUGAAUGGGAUGAUCACGAAGGAAUGACCAAUGAUGAGAAGGUAAAUCAGAACUUCAGAUCGCGUUUCACAUAAAUCUCCCAUUUCUUUCCAGGAAACCGCUAACGAAUGGGAAACUCAAUUCAAAUUCAAAUAUCCAACUGUCGGACGUCUUGUCAAAAGUCAAUCGGAUAAACUUGAUUACCAAGGAAAAACAUCGUUCAUCCGUGGAAACGAUGCUGUUGAGAGUGUUUUAAGUGAUAAGAAAACUGAUUAG